GCAGCAUUGGUCACAACGCAGCACAGUGCACACAUUGGAGACUAAGCUCGCAAUCUAGUCACUAUAGGCAGUACUAAUAGUUGCCCGCAGCGUGGUGCCUUUUAAUUGGUACGUAGGUAGCUAACUAAAACAAUACAGUGCUUGAGAUUUAGCACGCUGGGAUGCAUGACUCUUCCUACUGGAAUUUCGUUUUUAAAUGAUUUGGAGUUUCAUACCUGGUUUUGUCAUUUAACAUUUGAUGAGGCUAUAUUGCUCCUUGAUUAGUCCACCUUAGUGCCCUCAUCAUGGCCAUGCGGAGAAUUGUAGCUGCUGACCUCAAAUUCCCACUGACUGUAGUGUGACCAGCCAUGCCCUCCCUGUACCUCCUAAUGAGGGACUCCCCUGUCCUUUUUUUCUGGACUCUGUGCUUACAAAGGUCUGCUGACUAGAUACAUAUACCAGUUGUAAGAUGACAUGGACUUAUCUACACUAUGCCACUUUGGCAGGACAAAGGUGAAGACCAUAUUUUAUUGAAUAGGCAAAAUAAUUCCCAACGUGAAUAAACUGAAACAGAUGACCUAGUUCAAGGACAGAACAUUUGAUUGUGUAGUGCCCAUUCCUCAUUUUGAGGAGAUUGCACCAUGGCUGCUUAUGCCCAUAUGUUUGUUUCGCCGGCGGGGCCAGGCGUGGAAUAGCCGUGCCCAUGAUGCAGCGUAACGGUGGGUUGGGAGCCGGUGGUCAGCCGUGGGUUCUGCGCCGUGUGCGCCUCACCUGGCUUAGCUUUAUGCUCUUCUUCAUCCUGGUGUUCUUUCCACUCAUCGCCCACUACUACCUAACCACCAUUGAUGAGGCGGGGGGCCCAGACAAGCGAAUCUUUGGCCCGCGGCCUGGAGGUGAGCUGUGCGAGGCAAAGCAUGUCCAAGACUUGUGCCGCAUCCGCGAGUCAGUCAGUGAGGAGCUCUUGCAGCUGGAGGCCAAGCGCCAAGAGCUGAAUGGUGAGAUAGCUCGACUUAACUUGCGCAUCGAAGCUUGUAAACGAAGUAUCGACAGUGCUAAGCAGGACCUACUGCAGCUCAAGAAUGUAAUCAGCCAGACGGAGCACUCCUACAAGGAACUGAUGGCUCAGAACCAACCUAAGCUCUCACUGCCUGUCAGACUGCUGCCUGACAAGGAGGACCCAGGGCUACCCCCUCCCAAGUCUGCCCGUGCAUGCCGCCUGCGCUCCUGCUUUGACUAUGCCCGCUGCCCUUUGACCUCAGGCUUCCCUGUGUAUGUUUAUAACACAGGGUCCUACCCCUGGGGUGAGCACCUGGACCCUUUGGUCAAUCAGGCCUUUACAGCCUCAGUGAAAAGCAACAUUUAUGUGACUGAUAACCCCAGCAUCGCCUGCCUGUAUGUGGUACUAGUGGGAGAGCUGCUAGAGUCCCCGUCUUCCCCCUUACCACCUCCCUCUGAGCUGGAGAAACAGCUUAAAGGUCUCCCAUUCUGGCGGUCAGAUGGGCACAACCACCUGCUAGUCCACUUGUCCAGGAAGUCCAUGACUCAGAAUUUCCUUUACAAUGUUAGCACAGGGCGUGCAGCAGUGGCACAGUCCACCUUUCUGGAGCAGCAGUACCGUGAGGGCUUUGACCUAGUGGUCUCGCCAUUAGUUCAUGCCCUCUCCGAGCCCAACUUCCUCGAGGUGCCCCCACAAGUUCCCGUCAAGAGGAAGUAUCUAUUUUCCUUCCAGGGUGAGAGGGUGGAGUCUCUGCGCAGCAGCUUACAGGAGGGCCCACCCCAGACCUUUGAAGAGGAGAUGGAGGGAGAUCCGCCUGCAGACUACGACGAUCGCAUCAUCGGAACCCUGAAAGCAGUACAAGACAGCAACUUAGACCAGGUUCUGGUGGAGUUCACCUGUAAGAGUCCUCAGGGUAGCCUGCCCACAGAAUGGGCUUUGUGUGGCGAGAGGGAAGAGCGACUGGAGGUCCUCAAGCACUCUACCUUUGCACUGGUCAUCUCCCCAGGUGAAGGUCAGUUGUUGGCCUCAGCAGGUUGUGGCAUGAGGCUGUUUGAGGCCCUUGAGGUGGGUGCCAUCCCUGUAGUGCUGGGGGACCACUCUAGACUGCCAUACCAUCAGCUUAUCCGCUGGAGUGAGGCCACUGUAAUGGUUCCCAAGCCCCGAAUCACUGAGUUGCACUUUCUGCUACGUAGCCUAUCAGACAACGAUCUACUGGCCAUGCGGCGGCAGGGACGCUUCUUGUGGGAGACCUACUUCUCCACCUCAGAAAAUGUCCUCAGUACCAUCCUGGCCAGCGUUAGGACCAGCAUUCAAGUGCCCGCAUCCCCCAUUCGGGAAGAGCCUGCCCAGGAGAUUCCCCACAAGGCUGGGAAGAUGGCGGGCACCGACGCCAAUCUGGCUGACAAUGGAGACCUAGACCUGGGACCUGUAGAGACAGAGCCACCCUAUUCUUCACCACGUUUUCUCCGCAAUUUCACCUACACUGCUGCAGACACCUACCGGGCCUGGAACCGGGCCCCGGGCCCCUUUCACCUAUUCCCCCAUACCCCUCUUGACCCAGUACUGCCCUCUGAGGCCAAGUUCCUGGGUUCAGGCACAGGCUUUAGGCCCAUUGGAGGGGGCACGGGCGGGUCAGGAAAGGAGUUUCAAGCUGCCCUGGGAGGGAAUGUGCCGAGGGAGCAGUUUACAGUGGUCAUGCUGACGUAUGAGAGAGAGGAGGUCCUUAUGAACUCUCUGGAGAGGCUCAAUGGGCUGCCUUACCUUAACAAGGUGGUGGUGGUGUGGAACUCUCCUAAGCCCCCUUCGGAGGAUCUGUUGUGGCCAGACAUUGGCCUGCCCAUUGUGGUCGUCCACACAGAGAAGAACAGCCUUAACAACCGCUUCCUUCCCUGGGAUGCUGUGGAAACGGAAGCUAUCCUUUCUAUCGAUGAUGAUGCCCACCUCCGCCAUGAUGAGAUCAUGUUUGGCUUUAGGGUGUGGAGAGAGGCUAGGGAUCGGAUUGUGGGUUUUCCAGGUCGCUUCCAUGCCUGGGACGUCAAUCACCAGUCAUGGCUCUACAACUCAAAUUACUCCUGUGAGCUAUCGAUGGUCCUGACAGGCGCUGCGUUCUUUCACAAGUACUACGCUUACCUGUACUCCUACGUGAUGCCCCAGGCCAUCAGGGACAUGGUGGAUGAGUACAUCAACUGUGAGGAUAUUGCCAUGAACUUCCUAGUUUCCCACAUAACACGCAAACCGCCCAUCAAGGUGACGUCUCGGUGGACAUUUCGUUGCCCUGGCUGUCCUCAGGCCCUGUCUCAUGAUGACUCCCACUUUCAUGAGCGUCACAAGUGCAUCAAUUUCUUUGUAAAGGUGUAUGGCUAUAUGCCGCUCCUCUACACUCAGUUCCGUGUGGAUUCUGUGCUCUUUAAGACACGCCUGCCCCACGACAAGACCAAGUGUUUCAAGUUCAUAUAGUACAGGUUUCACAUGCCAGGACAGCAGGAAGAGAUUAAUGGUACAAAAUGCUGGCAAGAUUGAAAAGAAAACACUUUACAAAUAAUGAUUGGAGCUCAGACCCACUUUGACUGGAAGCUGGCAGGAACUAUUGCCAAUAAAAAACAAAACAAGCCUUUGUUGUUUUUAAUGUAUUUUUUUUUCCUCAUAGUGUUCCAUCAAGCUACCACUACAGAUCUUAUUUGAACCACUCUAUGGACCUACAUAAGAGAGGCAAGACUAUCCUACAGUUGUUGAACUGACAGUGACAUUGUAAUGAGAAGUUUUGAAAGUAACUGGAAUAGUGGCUUGACGGUCAUAUUAAACCAGGCCUGGGCGUUGUCUGAGCAGUCACUUUUCAAUUUUGGGAUGAAAGGAGGGUUAAAGGCAUGUGGUUGUCAUUGCACACGUUUUGUUUAGUUUAUUUGUUCUUUUGAAAUUUGAACUUUUAUGCUGUAUUCUGUACUGCAUAAGAGAAGCACUGAUGGUCACAGAAAUAUUUCAUUCAAUUGUUUUGGGAUAUUUUUAAGUGAUUUGAUCAUGUAAAUCUUAUGUAGGAUGAGCAGUCACCAAAAUCUUUGUCCUAGACAGAUCCUACCAGCCUGCCUCUGCAGAAGCAAACUUGGGUACAAACCCAUUAAAUGGCCAAAUUCUCAGUAAUUAUGACACACAUGGAACAAUGAAACUGACACUCAUUACUCACAACAAAUCCAGGAAACUAGCCAUUAUAUUUAAGCUGGCAGGGGUAAUUAGUAAUUCCUCACAUCAGGUUUAUUAACCUUUAGCUUAACCUUAUUUAACACUUGACUUUAUUAAGUCAGUCAAGUGUUAUGGGUUUUACUAAGUGUGUCUAUGAUGGUUGAAUUUGAAUGGUCAUGGUAUUUCUGCCUAUGAUUGUUAACUAAUGAGAAGUACGUUUGAGGGCUAAAUUGUACUGAUUUGGCACUUCUGUCAAAAGUUUUUUUUACAUCCGACUUGAGAAGUAAAUUAUUAAAAAAACAACAUUGUGCUAAUCUAGUGACGUCGGUCCAGUUUCAAACCUCCAUAAGGAUCUUCUCUCUACAGCAACUGUGUUGACCCUCUUGGUUUCAUUUGAACUGAUCUUAAACGUUUGAAAUUUAUUUGACAAAGAGGUAUAAUAUCAGCUGAUAAAUGGCACACAACACUAUUGGCAGUGCACAAUGGAAAUGUGUUCCAAGGGAUGCAGUCUGUUACGGCCCCUUCCAUAGACACACACACUGUACUCCCAACAGACCCCAUACUGCAAAAUCCCAAACUGUAUUAUUGUGUAGAGUAGUUCAGCAGUACAACCCUGUCCCAUAUUUGAUCUUGUUUGGAUUAACUCUGUUAACAUGACUUGAAGAUCAAGAUUCCUUUAUUGGAAAUGUUUCAAUAAAGUAAGAGAGAAUAUGACCCUUAAUUUCAGAAAAUAUAUAUUUUCUCUAAGGUUCAAACUGUGAGGUUUUCUUUAUUAAACAGGAUUUGUGGGCCAAUGGCUUUCUGUAUAUUUAUUGCAUAUAUAUUAAAGAUGUUCUGACUGAU